AUGAGUGCGGCACUCCAGUACGCGAUAUUUUCUCUGCUGCUGUUUCACCAGGGAUCAGCUUUAAAUUUAGAGCAAAAUUGCGGGAAAUGUUCUGUAUUUACUCCCACUCCAUGGCUGGUCAAAAUUCGAACUGAUCUGAGUUCGAAUAUCACAUGCGCUGGAACGCUUAUCAACGAACGCUUUGUCUUGACCGCUGCGAGUUGCAUAGAUGGCGCAUCUGAAAUCAUCGUACGCUUGGGAGAGAUCGACGGAACUUCUAACAAAAGCAGUAAAUUGCACUAUGAAGAAAUCGGUGUUAAGGUGGCGAUUAUACAUAGGUUAUAUUCCUCAAAGAGCUAUCAGCAUAAUAUAGCCCUGCUGCGAUUGAAAACAAGUGUUGUGUACAAAAUGAAUAUACAACCGAUAUGCAUUGAUGUGAACGCGGAGAAAGUACCAAGAGCUCCUACCUUUCUGAUCGAAAUUAAAAAACCUGUAGUGCACAAAAAGCCUGAAGAGGGGUGGUUCAAAAAAUCCACAAAAUGGUUUGUGUCCCUGUUUAAAGGGAAAGAUCCAGAUACAGAACGCGAGGUCAAUUUGGAACCCGAGGCUUCGGCAAUUGGGUGGCCACUCACCAAACAAAUCGACAAUUCAGCAAUAUAUUAUCAAUCUGGCAUUCUGAGCCAUCAUAAUUGUGGAUCGAGGAAGGACGUCUAUACCGAUGUAAUGGCCUACGCCGAUUGGAUAGUACCGAUCGCACUUGAUGUGAAAAUAAUCAUGGCCCCAAAUACAGAUCUUGAUAAUUGA